AUGGAGAAAGCCUUCCACAGAGUCCUUCGCUCUGUGAUAUCGUGGUCUCUGAGGAAGCUACGGAUAGAUGACUGGUUUGUGAAAGUUAUACAAGUCAUGUACAAGAGUUCUGCCAGUAAGGUCAAAGUUAGCCAUGAGUACAGUGACAAAUUUAGUGUGCAAGUGAGCAUACACCAGGGUUCGGUUCUCAGUCCCCUCCUGCUCGUCAUUGUCCUCCAAGCCAUAACAGAGGAAUUUAAAACCAGUUGCCCCUGGGAACUAAUGCAUGCUGAGGAUCUCAUUUUCUUAACAAAAUCUGUAACAGAACCAGAAAAGAAAAUCCAGGUGUGA